AUUCGCUGACAGCUGUCAGGAGGGCCGAAAAAAGAAGGUGUUGAUCGAUAAUCGUAGUAAAGUGAAAAACUAAUAAAAUUAUCAAUUUAAAUAGGGCGUUUCAGUGUUAUCUAUCCUCAUUAAGGAAGUAAAAAACUGUUUUUGCUAAAAUGAUUGGUGGAUUAUUUGUGUAUAAUCACAAGGGGGAGGUAUUAAUCAGUAGGGUAUAUCGCGAUGAUAUUGGCCGUAAUGCAGUGGAUGCUUUUCGUGUCAACGUCAUCCAUGCACGGCAGCAAGUACGUUCCCCGGUAACGAAUAUUGCUCGAACAAGCUUUUUCCACAUAAAGCGUGCCAAUAUUUGGCUGGCUGCGGUUACGAAGCAAAAUGUGAACGCGGCGAUGGUAUUCGAAUUCUUAUUAAAAAUUAUCGAAGUAAUGCAAUCAUACUUUGGUAAAAUUUCCGAAGAGAACAUCAAGAAUAACUUCGUUCUAAUAUAUGAAUUGCUGGACGAGAUUCUCGAUUUCGGCUAUCCGCAGAACACGGACUCGGGCACGCUGAAGACGUUCAUCACCCAACAGGGCAUUAAAUCCGCCACCAAGGAAGAGCAGAUGCAAAUCACCUCUCAGGUGACCGGUCAGAUCGGCUGGCGGCGCGAAGGUAUAAAAUACCGUCGCAAUGAACUUUUCCUCGACGUGUUGGAGUACGUGAAUCUGCUGAUGAGCCCACAGGGGCAAGUACUUUCCGCCCAUGUUGCUGGAAAAGUGGUCAUGAAGUCGUAUCUUUCGGGCAUGCCCGAGUGUAAAUUUGGUAUUAACGACAAAAUAGUGAUGGAGUCGAAAGGUCGUGGUAUUGGGGGCAAUUCCGAGGCGGAGACUUCUCGUUCAGGCAAGCCUGUUGUAGUAAUCGACGAUUGUCAGUUUCAUCAAUGUGUCAAGUUGAGCAAAUUCGAGACAGAACACUCUAUUAGUUUUAUUCCACCCGAUGGUGAAUUCGAGCUCAUGCGCUAUCGUACUACCAAAGACAUUUCACUGCCAUUCCGAGUUAUACCGCUUGUACGAGAAGUAGGGCGAACUAAAAUGGAGGUGAAAAUCGUACUGAAGUCCAAUUUUAAACCUUCACUAUUGGGUCAGAAAAUUGAAGUAAAAAUUCCAACACCAUUGAAUACUUCGGGUGUCCAAUUGAUUUGCCUGAAAGGCAAGGCAAAAUAUAAAGCUUCGGACAAUGCAAUUGUCUGGAAGAUUAAACGGAUGGCCGGCAUGAAAGAAACACAACUUUCGGCAGAAAUCGAGUUAUUGGAGACGGACACGAAGAAAAAAUGGACACGCCCACCUAUUUCAAUGAAUUUCGAAGUACCAUUCGCGCCAUCCGGCUUUAAAGUACGCUAUUUGAAAGUAUUUGAACCAAAGCUCAAUUACUCUGACCACGAUGUUGUGAAAUGGGUGCGCUACAUAGGACGCAGUGGCCUAUAUGAAACUCGCUGUUGAACAGGUGAAGUUUAGGCGUGUAUUUUCCCGAUUUGUAUUCUCAAUCAAAUUGAAUAUCUUAUAUUCCACACUAGUUGUAAAAUGUGUGUAUAUCCUUUAUUAUCUACAUUUAUACAUACAUGUAUACGUAUUAAUCAUAUAAUUUAAUCACAUUUCCUAUUAUAUAAUCCCAACUUUCUAACGUUAUUAGAUGCACUUAUGUCUAUUCCUCAAUUUUAUACCUAUGAUAUUAUUUUGUAUUUUAUUUACAUCGUCAACGUUAAUUGUAGAAGCGUUUCUUCAUAUCGAACAAUGCUCUCACUUUACGAUUCUUAGAUUUCCCUUCUAUCUUUUGGAGCAGUUAGCAAAUUUGAACAAAUAUAACCGCUAAUUUAAUGUAGCUAAAAGCAAGGAAUAUUUUGCGGACUAAUAAGUGUCUAGAAAAUAUUAAAAAAUACGUUAUCUCUGCCAAUCUUAACUCUGUAAAAACAAACGAAUGAACAGAAUUACUUACAAAUUAUGGUUAAAAGAUAUUAAAUUUCUAACCUAUGGAUGCACAUUCCGUGUAAGCUAAAUGUAUAACUGGUUUACAGAGAAGUGGAAGUGACGCAUUGGGGUGCAAAAACAUGUGCUGACCGGAUUGCUAUUCAUAAAUAGUGAGGAGCUCAUACUAAUUCGCUCUUGUGUCUGCGUAAAUAAAUGUUAAAAUUUGCAAUAAUCAUUACACACACAUAUAUUGCUCCUAUUUCCUCUGUUGUAUGAUAAGUAUAAACAUAUAGACGUAAGAUAAUAAAUAUGAAUAAUUCAAGUACACAAAACUCGAACAUUUAGAAAUACAAUAAUUAUGUUAAAAGUGUUGAAUUUCAAAGUGAGAAAUAAAUAAUAUUCACUAA